AUGUUGAUGCGGCUGGUCCUCAGAGCACACCUGAGUAGCACGACCUCUCUGCCCUGGACGCACGCUGCCAUCAGCUGGGAGCUGGACAACGUGCUGAUGCCUAGACCCAGAAUCUGGCCCCAGGUGACUCCAACAGCUGGGCAGGCUGUGCAUGCCACAGUAACCAGAACCUGUGGGUCUGUGCUGAGCUCUGCUGCCUACACCCAUGGCUGUGGCUGUGUGAGGUCUGCCACAAACACUACCUGUCAGUCCUCAAGACAAUGAAGGCAGGAGGCCCGGCAGGAAGAGGAGAACUCGAUCUGCAAGGCCCAUGAUAGUAGACAGGGCCGCCUGGGCUGCCCCCUCAGUGCCCAUCAGCCUGGUUCCCGUGGUCCUAACUAG